AAGGGUUAAACACUCCGGGACCAGCAGAGAGGGGCUGAGAAUGAGUCACUCGUCACCCAGGGUGAAAGGGUUAAACACUCCGGGACCAGCAGAGAGGGGCUGAGAGUGACUCACGGGUCACCUGGGGUGAGAGAGCCGUGGCUGGACUGCGCCUGAACGGGGCUGUGAGGCCGUGGAGCCGCGUCACUCAGGACUUGCCCACCCUGUACCUUGUGCUUCAAGUUGAUUCUGGAACAGCUAUUAAAUAAAAAGCCGCCAAAAUUCUGUGCUGCAAGGGAACAGCGGCCAUGUCGGUGCCAAGAGAAGGUGGGACGGGCGAGAGCUUCUGGGAGCCGGGACACUACAGCAGGACGGUGAAGCGGAUCGAUGACGGGAACCGGCUCUGCAACGAGCUGCUCAGCUGCUUCCAGGAGAGAGCGCGGAUUGAGAAGCAGUACGCCCAGCAGCUGAUGAACUGGUCCAAGAAGUGGAAGGCCAUGGUGGAGAAAGGUGCACAGUAUGGCACUCUGGAGAAAGCCUGGCAUGCCUUCAUGUUGGCUGCUGACAAGCUGAGUGAACUCCACCUGGAAAUGCAGAGACAUUUAGCGGGUGCAGACAGCGCCAACGUCAAGCAGUGGCAGAGGGAGUCCUACCACAAGCAACUGGUUGGGGGAUUCAAGGAGACCAGGGAGGCCGAGGACGAGUUCUGCAAGGCGCAGAAGCCCUGGGUGAAAAAGCUCAAGGAGGUGGAGGCGGCCAAGCGGAAUUACCACGGCGCACGCAAGGAGGAGCGGGCUGCGCAGAUCCGCGAAAGCAACGGCCGGGCGGACCAGUCCGUGGCCCCUGAUCAGCUCCGCAAGCUGCAGGAGCGUGUGCAGAGGAGCUCGCAGGAGGUGGAGAAGGGUCGGGAGCGCUACGAGAAAGCUCUGGAGGACCUGAAUAAAUACAACCCCAAGUACAUGGAGGACAUGGAGCAGGUCUUCGACACCUGCCAGGACAACGAGAGGAAGCGCCUCCAGUUCUUCAAGGAAGUCCUGCUCGACUUCCACACGCACCUGGACCUUUCCAGCAUCGACAGUUUCCGGACGAUCUAUCGGGACCUGCACCAGGCCAUAGUCUCGGCCAAUGACCAGGAGGACUUGCGGUGGUGGCAGAACACUCACGGACCCGGCAUGGCAAUGAGCUGGCCACAGUUUGAGGAGUGGUUCCCGGAGGCCAACCGAGCCAUCCAUCGGAAGGAGAAGUGUGGCCAAGUCAUAGAGGAAGUGACUCUUACCAACGUCUUACCGUCCAGUGACUCCGUGUCCCACCCCUCUCCACAGGGCAGGUAUAGCAAGGAGCGGACGGCUGCUUCAUACAGAACUGUACCUGAUAGACAGCAGCAAACCGGAGUUAAAGAUUGCUCGUCCGACUGGUCGGAUGACGAGAGCCCGAGGAAGUCCGUGCCGCUGUCGGGACCGGAGGAGGCAGCGAAGGUAGCAGCUGUCAGAGUGCGAGCGCUGUAUGAUUACCUGGGGCAGGAGGCUGACGAGCUGAGCUUUUCCGCAGGCGAAGAGUUCCUGAAGAUCGGAGAGGAGGAUGAGCAAGGCUGGUGCAAGGGUCAACUCAACAGCGGACAAGCGGGACUCUACCCAGCCAACUACGCAGUGCUGGUGCAUUCCUGAUCCAUGCUUCCCGUGGCCUCUGUCUUCCCCACUUUUGCUGUCUCUUCCGAUGUUUUUCCUUCCCACACCCCCCCCCCCCCCCCCCCAACUGCUCAUUUUGUCCUUUUGAGUGAAGGAUUACAGACACACUACAGUUAAGCACUUGACUUUAUUAAUCCCAGGCCUGGUUGGUGCCUUGUGUUCCCUCAUGUUUUGUUUGUUUAUCUAACCAGAUGCCCCAGCUAGCUGUACAGUGCUUCCAGAACAAACAGAGCAGCAUUUAUGAUCAAUAGCCUGUUUGUGUAGCAGACUCGUGACUUCUGAGAGCACCUCUUCAUUAAUAAAAGCAGGGAACGCCAGGGAUGCUCGAUGGGUCAGGCAGCGUCUACGGAGGGAGGAGCACGGUUAGUGUGCGAGUCCCAAUGAGCUGAGUUCUGAGGGGACGUACUGAAGUUUCUCCCUCCACAGAUGCUGGGUGGUCCGAGCCAGUUCCCGGCUGAGGGCUGUGGAUUGUUGAACGGGUUCUGGGUCUGGAUAUCUUAAACUGUAUCCCAUAUUUAAUCUAUUUUCUGGAAGAUGGCAGGCGGUUUUGAGCACAGUGGAUGCUGGAACAGAUGCAGUGACAAUUUUCUCGAAUGGACAACGAUGUAUCCCCUGACCGUGCUGGGAAGGAUUGUGCUCUAAUUGAUCUUGAAUGUAUCUGACAAGAGAAAAUAAACACAAGAGCUCACCCA